UGGAAUUUAAUCCAUUUAUGCAUGACCCGGGCCGGUAAAUUUCCUAUGUAUAACAAAGGGGCAAUGCGUUUGCGCGGGUAACCCUAAUUUAGCUUUCUCUUUACCCUUUUACUGUUACGCAAUGCGGCGCGCCGCUGUGUAGAGUCUAGUCCUUUCUUCACGGUGUCCCUGUGUCAUCACGGUGUGAUCUCCCGGCCCGCAAGCCAGCCCUCGUGGUCCGAUAAGUGCUCCACUCGAACCGAGCCCCUCGCUCAUAGUCGUUGUGAAUGUACGGAUACUUUUCUCUUUAAAGUAUGCGGGAUUCGAUCAAGUUUGAAUCAGGAGAUUCACAUAUGCUUGUGAAAAGAGAAGAUUUUUAUUCUGAGGAACAGAGAAGAAGGGCUGAAAGGCGAUGGAAGAGAAGGGGGCUCAGUUUGAAGUAUGAUCCAAAACCCAAUUGCUUUGUCAGUGCUACCAGGAUAUCUGUCAAGAGUUGUGGAGAUGUGGCCUUUUCAUCGGACAAUGAUGUUCAUAUCGUAGAGGAUGAAGUAGAUGAAGAUUACAGAAUUGUCUUGGAUGGUUAUCUUUCUGAAAUUUCUAAUGAUAUUUCCGAGAUUGAGGAUGAUGAAGUAGAUGAAGAUUACAGAAUGCUCUUGGAUAGAUGUCCUCAAUAUUAUUAUGACAUUUCCAAUAUUGGGCAUGAUGAAGUAGAUGAAGAUUUCAGACUGUUUUUGAAUACAUAUAGUUCUGAUAAUUAUAAUGCUGAUUCUGACACUGUUUACAUCAGUGACAAUGAUCAUGAUUUGGAUAAUGAGGAUAAAAUGUUUGUGGAAAACCUAAGGAAUGAAGGAAACUCCUAUAUUUCCUCAAUCAGUAUGCAUAACCAGCAUAUUGAUAUAAGCUAUGGGGGCAAAGAAGGGGAGUUGGAGGAGACAGGUGAUGCAUUGGAAUCUCAGCAAGUUCCAGAGUCAGAAAAAGGACCUCCUAGUGAAAUUACAGGUUCAGAUGUUUAUAGAGCUCCAGGCAACAAUUGCAACUCUCAAUUGCAGUUCAAUGAUGCAGAUGAAGAGUACGAAACAUUAUUGCCUUUCUGUAGGAAUGAUGAUGGUUUGGUGCGUUCAAAUGUUAAGAACAAUCCACUAAUUUUGAAUCAUGCAUUCGAUAAUGCCAAUGUGCAGUGCGACGUCAAGGAGCAGACAGUUGACAAGAUGGAAUGCUACCGCAAUCUGCACUCUGAAGGAGGACCAUUUGAUAUAAGGCCUUCUUCAGACGAUUCUGUAGUUCCCAAAAAUAAUUGCAACACUGGAUUGGACUCUCAUAAUGUAGAUGAAGAUUACCAAAUAUUCUUGAAUAUUAAUGGGAUGGUUGAUGAAAGUUUGCAAUCGUUGGUGGGAAGUGAAGCUGGAAGAAGCUCAAGUAUUAGGAACAAGUCUCAAGUUUCUGAUCAUCCUUUUGGUAAUCCCAGUGUCCAGUUUGAUGUUGUUGAAGAACAUACAGUCGACCCAGUGGAAUCUGACCAAACUGAAAGAGGACAAUUUAUCAGAAUGGAAUGUUCAGAUGAUUCUAUAGCUCCCAAGAACAAUUGCCAUGCUGAACUGCAAUCUGAUAGUUUUGAUGAAGAUUACAAAGCAUACUUGAAUUCUUAUUCUUCUUAUAGGGGUACUGAUAAAGGUUUGAUGUCUCCGGAGGUGGGAGGCGAAUUAAAUGGAAGAAGCUCAUGCGUUAGGAACAAUUCACAAGUUUCUGGUCAAGGGUAUCAUACUCCAGAAGGACAAUGUGAUGUUGAUAAAGAACAGAGAGGUGGUCAACUGGAAUCCCAGCAAAGUCUACAGACUGAAGGAGCACCUGUUGAUAGAAGCCCACAUUUAGAUGUUUCAGGAGUGUCCAUGAGCAAUACUGAAUCAAGGGUUUAUUGUGUUGAUGAAGAUUACCAGAGAUACUUGAAUUCUUAUAUGGCAGAUGAUGAGGGGCUUAUAACUGUCAGGGUAGAGAGUGACAACAAAAGAAAGAGUUCAAAUGUUAGGCACAGUUCACAAGCUUCUGAUCAAGCAUUUCUUACUGUUGAUGGCAAUUUGAUGCAUAUGCAACACAAGAGUAUCACAAAGACAUGCAAAGCAGACACCAGUAAAAGUUGCUCUGACUCAGAUGUGAUUCUUUUAGAACCUAAUCAAAUUGGUGAAAACAGCCCGUUCAUUUUUUCCAGAGAUUUUGAUUCUUCAUACUUUGAAAAUGAAACAAACCCCAGAGACAGCGGGAAAUUAUCUGAGUUAAAGACAAGACUUCUGAAAGAUCUUAACAGGCCUUAUAACCAAGAAGAACAUGAUAAACUUCUGGAUUUAGUUCAUGUUCGACUGCAUAAGGAACGACAUGCUGAAACGCGCCAAGGGGUUGUUAAAUCAUACCGCUCACACGGUGUUAACAAAUCAUACCUUGAAUUGUACCCUGAUCUAGCAUUAGCAAUUAAAUUCAAGGAACCACACAAGGUUUUGAUUCUGUUACGUGGAUUCUCUUUCUGGCUGCAAGGAGAAAAAGAAAACCUGUUUGAACCAGUGAGCUGAGUUAAGUGGUGCAUGUUUGGCAAUCAUAUUUACUGAAAACUUGUUUUCUACCUUCAUAAAAUCUAUUUAUCUAUCUAUAUUAUCAAUCGAGGUAUUUGGGACAUUAGAUAGAAUUAAUUGUUAUUGUUAGCAGAUUUUACUUACACUAGAAAGGCGCUUUUUUGAAAAAGGAUAACUUUUUAGCAUUUUGGUUAUAAUCAUUAUUUGAUUCUUUUGGAGUUAGAACAUGUAUCUUGAAAUUGGAUCUAGCCCUACUGAUCGGGUAGAGACUCAUUCCGUUUGAAAGUGACACUUUUUAAUUGAGAUAUCAAUAUAUACCGACACAUUUCUGUCCAAAUAAUUUUAAGAGAAAAGGACAAAUCGAUCCCUAACUUUUUUGUCCGCUGACAUUUAAGUCCCUGAAGAUUUAAAAAUACAUUUAAGUCCUUGACCUCUUCAAAAUCUGGACAUAUCGAUCCCUGAGUCUAAUUUGUCCAAUUUUAAAAACUCUCUCACGUAUGCAUCCGUAUCAACCAGGUCAGUACAACAGAAGUCACGUUUGAUUUUUCCGAUAAGUCUGACAGACCCAAGUGAACAUGAGGGAUCGAUAUGUCCAGGUUUUGAAAAGGUCAAGGACUUAAAUGUAUUUUCAAAUCUUC